CUCUCUCUCACAUUCUGCACGAUACGGUUGUGCCUUGUUCUCCAGCGCCUUAGGUGAGUAUUGAAUUAUUAUCUGCUGUGUUUUGGGAGCUGAGAAUUUGAUUGGAGAGAUGUCGACCUUUGCCAAACCUGAAAACGCUUUGAAGCGAGCCGAAGAGUUAAUCAAUGUUGGGCAGAAGCAGGAUGCAUUGCAAGCUCUUCACGAUCUUAUAACAUCAAAGAGAUAUCGAGCAUGGCAAAAGCCACUGGAAAGGAUUAUGUUUAAAUACGUAGAGCUUUGUGUUGACUUACGGAGGGGCAGAUUUGCAAAGGAUGGUCUGAUUCAGUUCCGUAUUAUAUGUCAACAAGUGAAUGUUAGUUCCCUGGAAGAGGUGAUUAAGCACUUCAUGCAUCUGUCUACUGAGAAAGCCGAGCAGGCUCGCAGUCAGGCAGAGGCCUUGGAAGAAGCACUUGAUGUUGAUGAUCUCGAAGCAGAUAAAAGGCCAGAAGAUCUAAUGCUAAGUUACGUCAGCGGGGAGAAGGGAAAAGAUAGAUCUGAUCGCGAACUUGUUACACCUUGGUUCAAGUUUUUGUGGGAAACCUAUAGAACGGUGCUAGAAAUUUUAAGGAAUAACUCAAAGCUGGAGGCACUUUAUGCGAUGACAGCACACCGAGCUUUCCAGUUCUGCAAGCAAUACAAGCGAACAACAGAGUUUCGCAGGUUGUGUGAAAUCAUCAGGAACCAUUUAGCCAAUCUUAACAAGUACAGAGACCAAAGGGACAGACCUGAUCUGUCAGCACCAGAAAGCUUGCAACUGUAUCUCGAUACAAGAUUUGAGCAGCUAAAGAUUGCUACUGAACUCGAGCUCUGGCAGCGCAACUUGAGGAUGGCAAAUCUUAUAGGGUUCAAUCUUGACCCUAAGCUUGAGAGAGGAGAAGUGCUUUUACGGGCGUCUCUGCUAUCAGAACUGGCUGCGAAGGGGGUAUUAAGCUGUGCAACCCAGGAAGUAAAGGAUCUUUACCAUCUUCUAGAGCAUGAAUUUCUGCCUCUAGAUCUUGCAUUAAAGAUACAACCAUUGUUGACCAAGAUUUCAAAAGUUGGGGGUAAGCUUUCUUCCGCUUCGUCUGUUCCAGAGGUGAAACUUUCUCAAUAUGUUCCUGCCCUGGAAAAGCUUGCUACUCUGAGGUUACUUCAGCAGGUUUCUCAGGUGUAUCAGACAAUGAAAAUUGAGUGUUUAUCUCAAAUGAUUCCGUUUUAUGAUUUUUCUGUUGUCGAGAAGAUUUCAGUGGAUGCUUUUAAGCAUAACUUUAUUGCCAUGAAAGUUGAUCACAUGAAGGGUGUCGUACUGUUUGGUAAUUUGGGUAUUGAAUCUGAUACACUUCGUGAUCACUUGACUAUUCUUGCCGAGUCUUUAAAUAAAGCAAGGGCCAUGAUAUAUCCUGCUGCAAAGAGAUCAUCAAAAUUGGGGGAGGUGCUACCUUCUCUAGCAGAAAUCGUGGAUAAAGAACACAAAAGGCUUCUUGCUCGGAAAUCAAUCAUUGAGAAAAGGAAGGAAGAACAUGAACGUCAGCUAUUGCAAAAUGAACGUGAAGAAGAAGUCAAGAGGAUGAGAGAGCAGAAGUUAGCUGAGGAGGCAGAGAGGCAGAGGCUUUUAGCUGAAGUUGAGAUGCGGAACAGAGAACGGGUUUUGAAUGAAAUAAAGGAGCGGGAGAAGGAAGAAGCGGCUCAGCUUCGGAUACAGCACAUAAAGCUUAAGAAUAGAACUGAUCUAGAGAAUAUGGGAAAGAAAGAUUUGUUAGAGUUGGCCCUGCAGGAACAGGUUAGGGAGAGACAGGAAAUGGAAAAGAAACUGCAAAAACUCGCUAAAACAAUGGAUUAUUUGGAAAGAGCAAAAAGAGAAGAGUCUGCUCCCUUGAUUGAAGCUGCUUUUCAGCAACGCCUGGUGGAAGAGAGAAUACUUAAUGAACGUGAACAACAGCUGGAAAUUGAGCUGAGCCAACAGCGACAUGAAGGGGACUUGAAGGAGAAGAAUAGACUGUCACGUAUGGUUGACAAUAAGAUGAUAUUUCAAGAGAGGGUGAUGAGCCGCAGGCAAGCAGAAUUUGACAGAAGAAGAGUUGAGAGAGAGGAGCAAAUUAACCAGCUGAUUCAGGCUCGGAAGCAGGAGAGAGAGGCCUUGAGAAAGAAAAUAUUCUAUGUGAGGUCUGAAGAAGAAAGACAAAGAAAGCUUCGUGAAGAGGAGGAAGCCCGCAAGUGGGAAGAGGCUGAGAGGAGAAAGAAGGAAGAAGCUGAACGGAAGGCGAAAUUAGAUGAGAUUGCUGAGAAGCAACGGCAGAGAGAGCGGGAACUUGAAGAGAAGGAAAGGCUGAGGAGAGAAGCACUCUUGGGGAGAUCUCCAGAGGCAAUUUCUAAGCCUGCCGAGCUUCCUUCUGGCGCUCAUCCAAGUGAGCCAGUUCCUGCUCCUGCUGAUGCUGCUGCCGCCAUCCCAGCAGCCACUAAUGGUGGUGCAGCAUCACCACCACCCUCCACUGGAAAAUACGUGCCUAGGUUCCGCCUGCAAAACCCUGAAGGCUCUGCACAGGCUCCAACUCCAGAACCAGAUCGCUGGGGCAGGCACGAUAAUCGGCCUUCGCAGCCUUCCAGCGACAGGUGGCGUAGUAGUGAUGACCGGAGGCCUUCAUUCAGCUCUGGUAGGUCAUCCUGGUCCUCAUCUAAAAACCCACCUCGUGGCUCAGAACGUUGAUCAUAGGAUGAGAAGGCUUUGGUUGUUUUCUUGAAGGCGGGCCAAUUUUGACUGUGAUCAAGCUGUUUGAACUGCUGCUGGACCCAAGACAGAAAUCAAAUUUGUAGACGUGGUUAAGCUAUUAUUAACUUUUUUUAUUUAAUGUUUUUUUCUUUUCUCCUUUUGGUGAUCUUCCCCCUGGUUUUGCUUUUCAUCGUGCAAGUGAUAUCUCUUGGAGACUAUUGUAACCUUUGAGGAUUGACCAAGUUGUUAUUAUUCUAUUUUAAUAACUCAGAUGUUUUUCCCCA